AUGGAUCUCAUAGAAGUCAAUAAAGAUAAUAGAAAAGCACAAAGAACAGCUCCAGGUGCUGAUUAUGUGCCUCUUCAUCCGUUAACACGCUGCUGGGAAGUUCCAAGACAUCACGUGACCAUAGAAAAAAUCAUUGGUAAAGGUGCUUUUGGUCAGGUUGCCAAGGGAACAGCGGUAGGACUUAGAGGGAGUCCUGAAACGACCACAGUGGCUAUUAAAAUGCUGAAAAGUGAGCUUUUGUACCGUAAAUUGAAUGACAGUCUUGGCCUUCAGUAAUUCAGGAAAUUUUACCGAGUUACCGUAUUUUUUAGCUAUUUACCAUUUCAUGAUUAUAACGUAUGUUAUUGUUUCGGCAUUUCGCAUUACCUUCCCUCUAACCAAAUUUUACUCCUUGUUUAUUACGCUCUAGCAAACGCUGUUGAAUCAGACAAGAGAGAUUUGAUGAAAGAACUUGACACAAUGAAGCAGCUGAAACCACAUCCUUACGUCAUUAAACUUCUGGGAUGUGUUACAAAAUCUGGUAUGCUUUGGUUAUGCGGGUCUAAUUUUUUUGUGCACAUUUUGCUUAUGAUUUACUCUGUGACGUUUUCUCGUCAUUAAUAAUUUGCUCAAUGGAAGAGUCACUGCUUCACAAUGAAGCACAACAAAAAACCAUCGCAUGAGGUAAUUUUAUCUUUUUUAACCGACAUAGACGCUCCUGGAUUUACUGAUAGACUAAGACCAAAUAUUUGCCUCUGAACAGACCAUUCUGUUGUGUAAGCGGAAACGCGUUUUUGAAGAGAAUAUUUGGUCUUUACCCUCUUAUUAGACCGUUACAUUUUUUUUCUCCUUCUUUUCGUUAAACUACAUCUUAUUUUCGUGCGAUUUCUUCAAAAGUAUUGACCACGACUGGGCUAUUCAUUUAUUGUAUUUAUUGCUAAUUUUUUUUUAGAGGGUAAUAUAUCAUUUAAAGCGCUGAUUUUUUUUCCAGAACAGCUUUUGGUUUUGAUUGAAUAUGUGCCUUUUGGGGAUCUGCUGGGUUACCUGAGGAAGAGCCGUGGAUUAAAUGACACUUACUACAAAGACCCGGAUAUCAAACCACAAACAAAUCUGACGUCACAGCAGCUGAUGAAGUUUGUUUGGCAAAUUGCAGAUGGAAUGAGUUACUUGUCCUCAAAAUCUGUAAGUUAAUUGAGAAAAAAAAAACACAAAUGACAAACAAUUCUAAAGCCUUCUUGUAAGUUGUAUCGUCAUAUUAAGCUUUGUCUUGCAUAGAAUGUUAUGUCUCACAAGAUCACGCCCGGGAGAUGCAAACGUACUCUUACCGUGUUGUUGACGCUAUUUUUUUUAGAGCCAGGAACUCUCACAAUUUUGAAGUCAUCGUCUAAGUUUUAUUUCAAUGUGCGAAUGGCGAUAUUUGUGCAUCGUUGCAAAUGCGCCCCAUUGAAAUAAAGUACCUGUGUUUUUCUCGUGUAUGCAGAGGCAGAGAUGUGAAUGGAUAGGAUCUUUUAAGAUAUUCAGCCCAAACUAAGUGUUCAACAAAUAUCCAUUUUAGUGACAAGAAAGAGAAGGAAUUAAAACUUGAAAUUCAAAAAUUCGUCUUUGGUCGCUAAACUGCCACAUUAUAGAAUCCUAUUUAGAUUAAAAACUUAAGAUAGGCGUUCUAUGAAAUAACUACGUAUUGCACAAAUAAAGUAGUUUGCCUCUCUUUGGAAUAUGAGGCAGUAAUUAUAGUGAAUUUAAUUCUCUGCCCUCUGGAAGAAAAGAAAUACGCACACCAUAUUAUGUUGCUAGACGUUUCUAUUUUCCUACCUGAACCAUUUCAUAUCAGUUAUUUUUCUUCUGCAAUCGCUAAUUUUUGCUGUUGCACCAAUUCUUUCUUAGAUCAUUCACCGAGACCUUGCGGCCCGUAAUGUGUUGGUUGGACAAAAGGAAACUUGUAAAGUGACCGACUUCGGAAUGGCCAGAGAUGUGCAGCAGGAAAAUAUUUAUGAACGAAAGACUAAGGUAAUUAAGAAAGAGGGGAGGGAGGUGGGGAUGGUACUACAUGUCGUUCAGUUUAGUGAUCUUUCAGGAUCAUUGUUGUGGUAAAGCUGAUAUAUUCCUGAUUUUGAUCAUGAAUUCCUUGGAAGGGAACCGAAUGAAAAAAUUAGCAAUGCGUAUACGUGUACAACUUUACAUAUCACUGUCUUUGACUAGUCGCUUCCUAUGAUUUUUGAGCUGUUUCACAAAGUGAUAUUUAAAAUCUUUAGGGCCGUCUUCCCGUGAAGUGGACAGCUUAUGAGGCCUUGUUGUAUGGUAAAUAUACCACCAAAAGUGACGUGUAAGUAUACCCGAUAAUUACCCUUAGCAAUUUUCCAAUUCUAUGCUUUGUCAAAGGAUAUACAUAUUUUAGUUGUCACAUAUAAUGUUAAUGUCUUCAGUCACCUAAUUUAUAUUUAUUUGAUUUGUAAUUCCACAGAUGGAGUUAUGGAGUCUUGCUGUACGAGAUUUUCACCAUAGGUAUUAUCGAAUAGAAGUUUAUAACGAUAUGUUUGGUUUCUUUUUCUUUUUUUUUUGCUGCGUAUUUACAAGGUAUCGCGUUCAGUUAGACAAACGUAAAGAGCUUCCCCAUGCCCAAAACCUCAAACUCCAUCAAGUGACACUGGUCGUGUUUCAGUGACGGUCUGUUUUUCGUCACAUUUAUAUUUCGAUGGUCUUAUGGUUCUUCCAGGCGGCUCACCAUACCCACGAAUGGAUGGAAGAAAAAUUGCAAACUUACUUCAGGAUGGAUACAGGAUGCCUAAACCACAACACGUCGAUGAAAAAUUGUAAGUUUUCUUUGUUCACUCGUUCUCCCUCAUCGUAUGAGGAAACAUUCUUUAAAUCUUUAACAGAUCAUUUGAACAUUACCAGGUAUCAGAUCAUGAUGAAAUGCUGGAAGAAUGACCCAGAUGCAAGACCAACUUUCACUGAAUUGAAAAAUCAGCUCAAGGAAAUGGAAACCCUACACAAGGUGAGAAUUUUGAUCAACAUGAAAGGUUUUUUUUCACGAAGGACCGACUGGCUUAGGCUCAGCUAAUUAGGAUUAAGCUUAACAGUAUUGAGCCUAGAUAGCGUAGUAAUUUGUACCAUCUCUGUAAUUUUAACGAAGUUUGGAUCGCAUCUUCUUGUUAUGUCACUGAAGCAAAGAAGCGAACUAGAACGUCUCAAUGACAAUUGACACGUGGUUAUUUAAAAGAUCAUAGGAUGAGACGCACAAAGAUUAGCAGACGACGAAGCCAUAAAACACUUUCUCCUUGAAUUUGUUUUGACGUAAAAAAAGCUGACGACUUUUGAGAAUAACCUCUUUUCAAGAGGAACACUUUUUUACUGAUACUGAUUACUAUAUUAUUUUUCUUUGCAGAAGCUGAUCAACAUGACAAUGUACGACAAGCAGUUGUAUGCAAACGUCGAGGAUUUAAUGGUGUAGUUAGAUACACGUCCACAAUGUACGGCUGGCUAACAUUUUGAACACUUCGUCCAAACAAGUUUCAUGGAUUAAUCAUCUUUCCCUUACACGCUUACUAGGUAGAAAUAGCCAUGUUUGUUAAGCAGUAAGACUGGAACGUUGUAAUUCAAUUGACUUUACAUUCUUAAACGCUGAAACGCUUUUUUAAGUUUUGCCGAUAAAUUAUUCUCUCAUUUUCUUUUUAACAUAUUAAGCACUUACACGUAUGCUCGACACAAGCGUUUGAGUUGAGUUUAUUUUCUGGCUUAUUCUAAAAGGCAGGACAGUGCGGAGAAAAAAAAAAUGCAAUUUACCAGAUUGAUGAGCUCUCGCUUUGCUAAAAACAUUUUUCCGUAAAACCCACUUGUUUGCAGGAAAGCUAAUCGUGUGCAUAAAUUUCUUUCCCUAAGACCGCCUUUACCAACGAUACCAGUUCGAAAUACUUUUACAUUGAACUUAUAAGUAAAACUAACGGUAUUCUAAUCAAAAUUAUACGUAACACAUUAAUUCUGUAAGAAAGUUUGUUGUUUGGCCUAAUAGCCCUACAGUUUUUUGCGUACCAGAUACUAUUACUCAACGAAACUGGUCUUAGAUACGUGUUCAAGCCUUUUUUUUUCUUGGAUACGUUGUUAAUGUGAUAACUAAUUUUUUUUCUGAUAAUAAAAGUGUUGAAAAGUUCGGAGUUGACUCUUGUCUGCCUGGUGAUGCCGAACACAAGGUUACAUCUUUCAGUCCCUGACAAUGAUCUAUUAUAUCGUGACCCAUCUCUCUGGAUCCCUUUUUCGAAAGAUGACAAAACCAAACCAGCGUUACUUGGGCGAAAAAGAGCUCCCGGAAGUGCAAAAACUCACUUUCUUUUACAUGUUUAAGGAGACUUACAUCCAAGAGACCAUGUUCUCGAGUCACUUCCAGCAGAGGUUAAGAGUCGAUCAAUCUUACAUAAUUAUAAACUAAGUUACCUUUUGGUCAAAACCCUUUCCUCAGCUGAUAUAAAUAAUUGCACUAGAAACAGUACCUAAUGAAAAACAACGCUCUUUCAGUCUGGAGCAGAGGUUGCUUGAGAAAUGGUCUUAACGUUCAAAUGAAGGAGAAUUACGUUAUUUUGGUUUUGGGAGCAAAAUGAUGCUCCAGCAUACAGAGGAGAGAGGGAGGUCGUCUUAGCUCUGCAAAAUGAAUUCUCAGAUAUUUUUAUGUCAUUUUUUUAAAGGUGUUUGCUGACAUUUCUGCAAAUGUUGAACUUUGUCAAAUACAAGGUGUGGUAGGACUAAAAGAACCUACAUUGUAAGAUUUAAAGUUUUUGGAAGAGCAGAAAUGGUGGUUGAAAGGAAGAAUGAGUAAAUCUUUUGACGCAAAGAUUGUGUCAUUGGUGAGCUAGGUUGCAGUCUGUAGUGGGAUUAAGUAAGUUUACAAAGGAUAGUUACUGUACUGCCCUUAGGAGUCGCUCCUUGGUGAGAAUAUUACACUUUGUCUGAAAAGGUAGUUGAGUUUGUAGGAGUAUCAUGAGAGUUAUUUCUGCCAGUUAAAUCAUACCUUAACAGCUGUGUUCAGCAGUGAACAAUUGGUACUCUCUCGCAAAAUGUGCAAUUACAAUGAGAACCCUAGAGAGGGUCUCCAUCCUCUUCUCUCGCACUUCGCUAGGGGUGUCACUUAACUUCCGAGAUUUAAACACAAAACACAAAAAACGAACACAAAAACUUCUGUACACUGCUAAUCUAAAUAUUUUUAGCUUUAUAAGUGAACAACAGCUGAAAGUUUUUUAAGGUUUACCUUUUGUCGUGAACGCCACUGGUCACCCACAUGUCGAGGAGUUCACAAACUUCUUGAAAACUUAUAUAUAUAUUUAGGUAUAUGGGUUUGGGUCGGGUCGCGUAUUGCUUCGCUGCCACUACCGCGCAGCUCAUUUAUUUCCUUCAGUUUUACCAACUGAACGCGACGAACCGGCUAAUGACUCCAAGUCUCUGCAAUUUUUUCAUUUAGUGGUCUUGCUUAAAAAAUGGACGUAAGCCGUAAUCGAAGAACCAAUCUCGUUCGUACAAUAUUAUGUGCACUAUAUUUAACAAUUGUUCCAUGAGCGCGCACUUGAUAUGGGUUGGGUAUACUAAUCUCGUAUCCAACCAGAGCCAAUGGAAUUGUUGAGUUAUUAAAUAUCUCACUUUUUUAAAAUGCUGUCGGAGUCUACUAAGUUUGUUUUAACUCUCAAUUUUUUUCCAAAUAAAAGCCACCAGAAGUCAAUGUCGCAUCUGGUCGUCAAAACAGCAAAACUUGAAACACAUAAACAGCGUUUAAGUGACGUCCGAAGCUGAAUUAAAAUUCAACGCUAAGCAAUUUACUCAGCCGGACACAAAAUACAGUAAUCUCCGAUCCAAGACACGUUAAAGGGUACGACAUACAAUACUUACGAGACAAGCAUUCAGGUGUGUUCGAGUUCCAUCAACAAGCGAAAAAUAUAAUUUUUUUGCACUGUUUUUCACUUGUUUUGUUUCACUGGAACGGAGCAAAGCUUUUAGUCGAGGAUAGCUUUAGUUUUAAUAUUCUGACCUUAAUUCCUCGCUCCGAGUGUACGAGUUACCAGUUACGACCCUACUGAGACAAACAUUCGAUAAAAUCAAUAAAAGGUCAUGCCUAUCCUAAAGUUUUGUGCACAGUUACAAAUGUUUUGCUGCAUGGUAGCGAACGGAGUUAGUGCGAACUCCUUAAGUGAAACUUCAAAGGUAAGUAUCGUUCAAUAAGGUUGCAAUGUACGUUUUGACUUUUACCUUUUGUUACCGAUAUAACGUUGAGUAGCAUUUGCUCUAGUUCGUUUCUAAUGUACAGAAGAAAGUGAUCGCCUUACUUGCUGAGCUAUACUUGGAUAAAUCUGAAACGGUGGAGGUCUCGGUAGGGGCGAGUCGGAUGUCUCGAUCGUGCUCCUUAAUUCUGUCUUGCAUAGGUCUUCCAGUCUCUCCGAUGUACAUCAUGCCACAUUCACAAGGAAUCCUGUAUGGCUUAGUUUUCAGGAUUCCCCGUUUCAAAGGAUGCCCACAACACAGGACACAAGCCACUCUGGAACGAAGUAAAGUUUAUUGAUCGUGACCCUUAUCACUAUACGCGCAGGGUCAAAGAGGCAAUUCAUGUAAGACUUAACCCUGACAAAAUCAACGGGGAAAGUGGAAUAGAAAUUCCAGAAGCGUGGAUGCCCACGAUCAAAAAACACAACAACAGGAGAGCUGUGCGACAACGGACCGCCGAGGGAGCAAAUCACUGAAUGAAUGAGCAAGGAUCGAAAUGCACUAAUCAGAGCUGUUGAAAAACAACUAAUAACAGCAGAGCAUCAUGCUUUAUAGGACCACGCACGACCAGUCGACCUAUCGCCAGAAAAAGACUAGCAGUAUGCAGUCGAAACGUCGCGAUCUACAUUACACGUAACUACAUUGUGAGACAAACGAAAAACUUAGCUUUUAUUGUCAUUCACUACGACGAAUAACCACAACCUUUACACAAUACAAGGGUUUUCUACAUUCUACCAAUGUAAUGUGAAUACCUAACCCUAUCAGGAAACCUAAGUAACCAAAGGAGGGAAGAAAAGAGGGGGGUGGGGGGUUUGGAGGUGGGAGGUGAAUGGGAUAAAAAAACACUCCAUUUUCCAUACUGUUAAAGGCGACUGAUACCUCUCCCUUCCACCUUAAGAGCAUGCGAUCCCUCUCCCCCUCCCCGAAAAAAAAUGUUUGAAAGAGUGUUGCGUGUCUAAAGACAGCAUUAGCUGCAGAGACGCUCAACUCUACGUAUUUAAAAAAAUAUGUUUAUCAAGAAUUUGAUCAAACCCUAACCCAAACUCAAAGGCUACACGUAGCGGAAAAAUACUUUUAAUGAAUAAAGAGGAUACGUUUCUAACGAAACUGUGUUGCUGCGCCGGUGGGAGAGAAUAACAGCCAUGGAUAUCUAAAUUGGACCCACCUACGCCAGUCGUUUCGUAAGUUUUAUCGAACACCAAUUUUUCAGUCAAUACAUUGGCCCCAAACCUGAACUCUACAGUCGCUACAUAAACCACUGUAUUGGCGCCACCUCCUCUACCAGAUAUGAGCUGACCCAUUUAAUAAACGCUAUUAAUUCCUUUCGCCCGGCCCUGAAAUAUACCUGGGAAAUUUCUGACACUUCUUUGGCUUUUUUAGCCAUCAAACUUUCAAUUGAAGGCAACGGUCUAUCCAGUAGGGUUUACUUUAAAGCUACGGACUCACAUAGUUGCUUGUUGUACUUAUCUUCGCGUCCAUUACACGUGAAGAAUUCCAUUCCUUUUUCGCAGUUUCUCAGACUUCGUCGUUUGUCUAGUGACGACUGUGAUUUUCCGACAUAUCAGAGGCAAUGUGCCAGUUUUUCGUUAAACGUGGCUUCGAAACAGAGAAAGACUGGGACGAGGGUAUGAAAUGUCUGAAGAAUCACAGUCGUCACUACAAAGACCUCUUAAGUUUCCUUAAAGGGAGUUAUUAUCUAACAGUCCAGUCUGUUAAUCUUUUGCAGUAUGUCUCAGAUUUCGUACUAAGCUUUUUAGAGCAUGUAAGUUAACUUAAACUAAUCUAGUUCGACUCAGAAAUCUAUGAAAGAGAGGGAUGGUGUAGAUGCUGAAGAACUUAACUCAGGCGAAAAGGUUCAUGUGUUGUUUCCGGCACCCAGUAACGAGCUUCAUUCUAGAUUUGUUGGACCUUAUCUCGCUCAGAAGUUAAAUGACCUUAAUUAUAUAAUGGUCACUCCAGAUGGGCGUAAAUAGGCACAGUUAUGUCACAUUCAUAUGUUACAGCCUUAUGUAGAGAGAAGUGAAAAUCUAGAUGAAGAGCCUGCACAGUUUAAUGUACUUUUUUCUGAUACCUAGUUUCUGAGAACAUUUUGUUUCCGAGAAAAUUUAGUAGUGAGUUUAAUAGUAGUCAUCUCCAAUGUGCUGCGGAACUUGGACUCCAAAUUUUCACACCUGGAGAAGAUUCAAUCCAGGCCCUGGAGAAGCUACUGCACGAGUAUAAAGAACUGUUUCCUGAUUUCCCCUUCAGGACAGAUCAGAUCUGCCAUGAUGUGGAUGUUGGUGAUGCUGCUCCUUUAAAACAACUCCCGUAAAGGCUAAAUCCAAGUAAGCAAUAAUACCUCAAGGAAGAUGUAUAGGAUCUGCUUGAGAACGACUUCAUUGAACUGAGCAGUAGUAGUUAGAGUUAGCAUACUUUUUUCCCAAGCCAAAUGGAGGCUAACCGAUUUUUACAGAUUAUAGAAAAGUAAACAGCGUGACUAAGGCAGACACUUUUUCUAUCCCAGGAAUGUACGACUUUAUCGACAAAGUUGGAAAAGCCAAAUAUGUAACGAAAUUCUACCUUCCUGAAGGAUUCUGGCAAGUUCCUUUGAAAGACCGCGCUAAGGAGAUUUCAGCCUUGUAACACCGGCAGGGAUGUACCAAUACAAAGUCAUACCCACUGGUAUGAAAGAUUGAACUGCUACUUUUCAGCGCCUUAUCAACAAAGUCAUCCCAGAUGUCAAGGAUUGCGAAGCAUACACAGAUGAUGUGAUUAUCUACAAUGACACGUGGGAAUAACACUUAAGGACCAUCCGUGAAAGAUUGAGUGGAGCUAAGCUGAUCAUCAAUCUCUCCAAAAGUGAGUUUGGCCGAGCACAAGUCACUUAUUUGGGGCAUGUCCUUGGACAAGGUCAAGUAAAACCAGUUUGUGCCAAGUUGGAAGCGAUAGCUCACUGUCCACAACCAGAGAACAAGGAAGGACUCAUGCGUUUUCUUGGUAUUGCUGGCUAUUACAGAGGGUUUUGCUCUAAUUUCGCCACUGUUGCAGAACUAUUGACGCAAUUGCUCAGUAAGAAGGUAAAAUUUAUUUGGAAUGAACGAUGUGAAAACGCAUUUGUGGAGAGUUAUGUUACAGAGUGCCCCUGUAUUGACAGCGCCUGAUUUCAGCUCUCCGUUAAAGUUGACUGUCGUUGCAAGUGAUGUCGCAGUUUGUGCCAUGUUGUCACAAGAGGAUGAUGAUGGUGUGUAACAUCCAGUUUGUUUUUAUUGUUCUAAAAAUAGACUGUAGUGGGCCUAAGUAAGUUUAUUGAGGAGAAUUACUGUACUGUCUAUCAGAGUCGCUCCUAUAUAAGAAUAUUAAUCGUCACUUAAUAAAGUAGUAAAGUUUAUAGAAGUAUAGUGUUGUUUCUGUCGUUAAGAUUAGACCGUAACUACAAAAAAGUGUCUUUCGAAUCGGCAAUCUUAAUACCCACGGUAUCAACGAGCACUUCUCAUUCAACCAAUCUAAAUUGGCCACUGUGGAUAGUUUCAAAGCGGACGUUUCGAGCGUUAGCCCUUCGUCAGAGCGAAUGGAGGAAUGACGUGGCCAAAACUGCGAAGUCGACUCCAUCUACUCUCCUUUUCCGACUAGCGCACUAGCUGGUGUAGAACGUUUCCUCUAUCAGUGGUGACAAUAAAUCCAUGACUCUCUCCUCCUCCCAUUAAGAAAUGAAAGUUUUCUUUUGAGUUAGUGCUAGAUGGUGGAAUGAGAUACAACGGAGGAGAUUUCACCUUGAAAAAGAAGAGUAUAUUCUCUUUUGAAGAAAGUUUCUGGUCAAGCUUUGAUUGGUUUGGGGUUGUUCAUCAUCCUGACAGACUGAGGGAUCUUGUUGGUUUCUUAUAAAGCGUCCAUUGAAUCUUUCUUUCUUACUGAAACAAUCCAGUUGCAGGAAAAGAGUAGCCAGUUCAAGCUAAAACAAAUUGGGUAGGUGAAGAGCUUCCAUUUAUAAUGUUGAUCCAUGCUUUGUUGUUGUUUUGUAUUUUACGACAAUCCAGUAAAAAUGUAAGCAGCAUUUUUGGUCGAAACCAUUUACUGCCUCUAAAAUCUAUUGAAGGGCUACUCUUCUUAACAGUCUAUUCUCCGCCGGCUUUAGUUGUUUAUGAAAAAAACUCCAUGUAACUAAUUUUUUAUCAUGUUGUCGUCAAUAUCCACCCCACUUGAUGUUCAGGCCCUAAUUGUUGAAAGGGCGGAUAAAAGUGCUAAGAAAACGUGCUGCGCUAUACACUGGAUAGAGAUUUAUUCAGUGGAGAGCGUUAUCCAACCGUCGAACAACCGGGGCCAGAUCUUUUCACAAGAAAAUCCUGUUUUUGUUUUUCUCAUUUCUGUUUUCUUUCAAUUUUUUUUUUCAAUCUCUUCAUUCGUAAACUUAUUUUUAAAGGGAGAUGCAAAAUAUGCAAUUGAUAUUUCCUUGGCAUUAAGUAAGAUUCUCACAAAUGUUUAAGGCCAAAAACGGUUACUUUGUAAUUCUAAUCAGCGAGGCGUUUCUUUCAUAAUUUGAUGUAGUCUAAUAUUAGACUUAAGAACAAGGUCUGACCGAAAAGUGCAGUUUAGAACAUUAAGAAUUGCAAAGAAUGUAUUGAUUAUUUGAUUUUCGUUAGAACUCGGCGCUGAUGAAACAUAUUAUCAUUUUACGUUCCGUAGAUAGAUACACAUGGAAUGAGAUUAUUUUUUCCUCCCAGUCAGGUAGGGAGUAAUUUAGUGGGUCGAGUUGGAUUAAGCAAUUAGUUAUAAAUAGUACACGCGUGACUGCAUAACGUCAGCAAUAACUUUGCAAGACAAUAAAGUUCGGACAUAUCGCGGAUUAACGCAGACUAUUUUCCCGGAUUCUCUCUAGCUUUCUUUCGUUAAUUGACACACAAGUCUUACAUGACCUGUAAAACGAAUAUGGAAACUCAGCUCUUAGCUUUAAUUGAUACAGAAGCUUGUAGCUUGUCUAGCUUUCUUUCGUUAAUUGACACACAAGUCUUACAUGACCUGUAAAACGAAUAUGUAAACCCAGCUCUUAGCUUUAAUUGAUACAGAAGCUUGUCUCGGUAACAGCACAAUUUACAUGAAGGUAGAAAGUGAAAUUUCGGCACAAACGAGCUGGAACGUAGCAACAGAAAAACCAAACAAAGGUUUGUAAGCAUGCGAAGCGUGGUAAUUGACGAAAUUAUAACGUGAGCUGAGACAAAAAUCACCAAAGAGAAAUAGAAAUGGACGCUCGGUAGAGUAUUAUUUAAGUACAUACAGUAAUCAUAGCAAAACUCAAACACAGCUAACACCGUUAUAGUAGAUAUAGCUUCGUGUUCAAAACACAACAGAAAAAACGGAAAUGAUGAUUUUUGGAAAUAGAAAGUAAUGCGAGGGAAAUUUUACGAAUUAUUUAUCAUAAGACAAAUAAAGAAACCUUCCCGAUGACUUGUUCAGUUGCACGCAGGGAGCAGUUAGAGCGCAAAAGAAGUAUAAGAAAUGUAGGAAGAAACACUCGACUACGUGUCCCCCUACACUCUUCUCGUGUACCAGAACAGAAAAUCGUCAAGGCUGCUUUAUUUAUUAAAUAGAGGGUGACAAUGCCAUGCAUAUGAUUUUAUAACACCAAAUUAUAAUUGUUGAUUAAAUAGUCUUUCGAUUUGGUAGCCUUGGCAUGAAACAGUAGUUUCAGUAAUGUGUAAGGUUCAUUUCAUCCUUCAAUUCUUUCUCGCAACUAUUGUUAUCGUUCCUACGGCAGGUAAGACUUGUCGUCGUAAAUUUGUGUGCGGUUUGUGUUUAAGAUAGGAUCCAUCAAAACCAUGACAAUAGAGAAAUGGCGGAAGUUGACGCCCAGAAUAAGCACUAUACCAAAAUAAUGCUGAAGGGUGACAGUCCUGUGAAAACGCAUUUUCUCAUCCUAAAUCCUCUCCCAGUCAAAAGUAGAUCCAGAUUGACUGAAAAAAUAGACUGGAGCACCAGCUGGUUUUAUUUGGUCCAGUUCAAUUCACAUAGAUUUAAACAAAUUGGUCUAAAAAACGUUUUCAGAUUGUUCAACACUCAAUUUCACUUUCAGUACGAGUUUACUUCAAUGUCGGGCAAUCGCCGCUAUUUCACGCAAACUUCAUCUUACUGACUCUGACAAAGAUGUAGCUAAUAGGGAUGAAUAUUGAAUCACAGGAUAAUAACUUCUAAACUGGAUUUUUUGAACUAAGCAAUAUUGAAAAGUCAUGUGAUCCGCAUUUCUCUAUACAAUAAACAUGUAAGAGAGGCAAUGCAAUCAUUUUAUCAUCAUACUGAUCUACACAGUUGGAAACUCUGUUUGCAUAUUCUUUGCCAAAUUUCCUAAUUCAUCAUGACGAGUAAUCUAUCAGGUUAAACAGUUCUGAAAUGUAUUAUCUAAAGUGUAAAUUUCAUUAGUGAUCAGACAAAACUCGACCUUUUAAAGAAACAUAAUUGGUUUUGCCUCACAAAGCGUAAGGGAUAAGACGCAAUAAGUAUUGAGUUAAGAUUAAACUUUUAUCUCAAUUUCGGGACUUUAAAAAAAACUUCAUUUCUUAGUCAAGAGAGCAUGUUCAUCGGAGAGAAUUAUUCAUCAUUUAAGAUUUAUAUACUCAUUAUAAGCAUGUACUUUUGGCUUAGUUUAGUGAAAUGAAGCUCGUUGUCGUUUCUGAGUACUUUAACUUCAGUGUGACCGCUGAAGUUAAGUUUGCGAUCGGGUCAUAACUUUUUUCAUAUAGUUUCAGAACACAAAGCAAUUGCUCUGUCUCUUGAUAAAACAUAUGCGUCAUGUUCUGCUAGAUGAAUUGAAUACAUGUUUACUUUUCGCUUAGUCACAAUGCGUAACCCUUGUAACCUUUUAAAGUAGGGUCACAUUGCCUACUCAAGAAUCAUCACCUACAAAACGUUUCCUAUAGUUCAUGAAAAGAAGUACUCGCAUGCAAAACUCUUUGUCAUGUGCAAGCGUCUAUUAAGAUUCAAGUAUCUAGUAAUUGCUGCAACGAUAACUCCUGUGACAGGAAAAUAAAAUUGUUUGUUGAAAAACUUUCUUAGGAUCGAUUGUGCUUGAGUCGCUGAGUUUACCAGAGAUAAAUCAAAAAGACCGUGUAGAAAUCUAUGUGACAGAGAGCGUUGUUUUAUUUUCAUCAUACCGUUGUUAGACCUAGCAAACAAUAAAGGAAACUGAAGUCAUAAAUCUGUUUUGGUCUCAAUUAAGGAUUUACCCUUUUUGUUGCGUUAUAACGAAUUGCUGAUUACUACAUCGGUUUAUUUAUAAAGAUAUAGUACGUGUUUAUAUUUCAUAGAAUGCUUACUUAUAUCAAACUCAUCGUAGACGAAGAUUCGGCAAGGUUUAUUAUGAUUAGGAUUAUUGUUAGGUAAUAAUCACUUUGGUCAGUGUCAGCAUCUGAGAUUACAAUACCAGUGGGCAAAACAUGCAAAUACAGACUUGAAUAAUGAACAUAUAUGGAUAACACUCAGUUUCAGAGGAGAUGAAUAAAAGAGUUCCUGUAAAAGUCAUUCUUACUUUAAAUUACCUUUUUGCCCCGGUUUAGCUAUUAAUAGUUGCUAUGCUAUGUUUUCUCUUUUUCCUAGAAAGAUAAAUUAAAAGGUGAUGAUGAUGAUGAUAAUGAUGGAGACGAAAACAACCUUAAUAAUAAUCAUUUCUAUUUGAAUCAUGAGACCCUUUUAAUCGCCCAAGUAAUUUUAAAAAGAAGGAGCUUAUAAUGCUUAGAGACAAAUUUUACAUUUCUCCCACAUUUGAGUUCAAACUUCCGGUAUCGUGAAUCAUUCCUCAAACGGAUUUCAAUGAUUGAGUGAUCCCUGUGAAUAGUUAUGACGAGGUUAAUCAGUAAUAGCGGCCAAUAUCUUAUGAUUCCUUAUUGGAAUAAUUCUGCCUUAAUUCGUUUGUUUCUUAAACUAGAUGCCAUUGUCAAGUUUACGAUGACGCCUUCUAAUCCAGAUUACAUUAAUAAUGGAAGCACUGCCAGACUAGUGUGGGACUAGAGUGACCCAAAUAAUGAAAUCUUUGCCACUAUUUUCAGCGUUCUGGUGGAUGGUAAAAAAGGGAAAGAAUUUAAACGAAUGCUGGUUAAAAGGAAUGGUGUUGUCCAGAAUCAUCGAGAUAUGCCUUCUGCUUAUAAGGGGAGAGUCAGCAUGGAAGCAACUGCCACCCUAGUCACCGAGAAAGUAACUCCCAGAGACAACACCCGAUAUAGAUGCAAAUUAUUUGAUGGUACCACUAAUCCAGAAAGUAAAUAAUAAUAAUAAUAAUAAUAAUAAUAAUAAUAACUUUAUUUGUAUAGCGGUAUAUACAAAAGCUCUAUAUCGCUUUACAAUCAAAAAAGAAAAUAACUAACUAACAAUAACACUAAAACAAAAAGUCAAAUGAAAGCGAGUCUGAAAAGAUAAGUUUUCAAUCUAGAUUUAAAAACAUCAACUGAUCCACUUUAUUUAAUGUCUAAGGGAAUAUCAUUCCAUUGCUUUGCGGCAGCGACCGAAAAGGCCCUGUCCCCAUAGCUCUUCAGGCGCACAUUCGGUACUUCUAAUAAAUGUUUCCCAGCAGACCUAAGAUUUCUUGUAGGGUUAUAUGGGACUAUAAGUUGACUUAAAUACAGAGGCGCCAGAUUAUUGAGAGCUUUAAAAGUUAACAGUAAUACUUUAAAGGUAAUUCGCUGCUCCACAGGUAACCAGUGUAGCUCCUUAAGGACGGGGCGAAUGUGUGCAGCCCUAGGUUGCCCUGCUGCAAGGCGUGCGGCACAGUUUUGAACGCGCUGGAGCUUCUGAAUAAUAUAGUCUGGUGACCCGAGGAGCAACGAGUUACAAUUGUCCAGUCGACAAGUAACGUAAGCAUGGACAAGGGUCUUUGUGCUCUCAGAAGUCAGAUACAUUCUAAUCUUAGCGAUAUUCCGAAGAUGAAAUAAAGCAGAUUUACAAACGGAACUCACAUGCUUAUCCAGUGACAAGGUCUCAUCAAAAACAACUCCUAUGUUCCUAGCUUUGUCAGACCGCUCUACACGAUGAUCACCAACCAGGAUACUAUCUAAAGAUGGGCGUGGCCGAUAUUUUGAACUGAUAACGAGCAGUUCCGUCUUGUCCCUAUUCAACUUAAGUUUGUUACAAGACAUCCAACGGUCGAUAUCUCUAGCACAAGAUUCAACCUGAGAGACAGAAUAAGCUUGAUCAUCCCCACUGAGAGAAUUGAAAGACAGAUACAACUGAGUAUCAUCAGCAUAGAAAUGAUAGCCCAUGUUGUACUGUCUGACAAUAUCCCCCAAUGGGGAGGUAUAGAGCAGGUAUAAAAUCGGUCCAAGCACGGAGCCCUGUGGUACUCCGCACGACAGCGAACACGUGACAGACCGCGCACCACGAAUGCUCACAAAAUGAGUUCUGCCGCUCAGGUAUGAUUUAAACCAGGCCAGAGCUAGAUCGCAAAGACCGAAGCGGUUUGCUAAUCUCUCAAUCAGUAUAAUGUGAUCGACCGUAUCGAAAGCGGCCGAUAGAUCUAAUAAAAGUAAGAUAACUGUCCUAUUCCUAUCAACGUCUAGGAUAAUAUCAUUAAAAACUUUAACUAAAGCUGUUUCGGUACUAUGAAAUUGUUUAUAUGCAGAUGGUAGUAUUUCAUCAAGUCCAUUAAUAGAAAUGUGAUUAAUCAACUGAGAUGCCACCACCUUCUCAGUGAGUUUAGACAUGAACGUCAAAUUUGAGAUAGGACGAAAAUUCGAAAAAACUUCAACAUCAAGUGUGGGCUUUUUGAGAAGAGGAUUCAACAAUGCAAGCUUAAAACAGUCUGGAAAAACAGCUAGACAUAAAGACUUAUUUACAAUUUGAGUCAUAACAGGCAAAAGACCUGAAGUGCACUGCUUCAAAACAGAAGCAGGGACGGGAUCAUCUUACUAAGUAACGGGUCAUCUUACUAAGUAAUUCCGAGACAUCAGACGAUGUUACAGACUUAAAACAUGACAAGGCACACUGAUGGACAAUGCCAUCGGACUCCACAACAAUAUCAGAUGUGGAGUCAAGUGAGUUUCGCAGAACUGUAAUCUUCUCACUAAAGAAGUCAAUGAACUUGUUAGCAAGAUCACCAUCAGACGCACACCCUGAAGGAUACUCCGCUGGCACGCGCUUAUGUAGGAGCUUAUUUACCGUAUUGAAAAGAGUUCGGGGAUUAUUACUACUCUCCCGUAUAAUGCCUGAGUAAUAGUCAACUUUCGUUUUCUUGAUCAAAGCGUUCACUCUAAGGCAUUGUUCCUUAAAUCUAGAAUAAUCCGAUUCUCGUUUUGAAAAACGCCAGCGCCGCUCGAGAGCUCUGCGUUUUCUCUUUUCAGAUCGUAUUUCCUCAGUGUACCAUAGGGCGGUUGGGCGAAGAGUAAUGGUCUUAGUCUUCAGAGGCGCGUGUCUGUCUAACAACUACUUUAAUGUAGUGUUAUACUCAUAAACAAGUUCGCCGAGACUAAAAGAAGCAGCAUCCCUUACUAGCCUGGUGUUCUCCAACUGACCACAAAACUCGCUAAAAUCAAUAUCACGAAACUUGCGAUAUGAGAUUCGUUUACGCUCGAGUGGUAAUUUAGCAAGGUCCAACAAACUGUGUACAGCAAGAUGAUCCGAAACAAAAGGAUUGUCCACAGUACAGCGGCCAACUAAUUUCUCAUGAGCUCUCGUUAUAAUCAAAUCGAGUAUGUGACCAUUCAUGUCACCAUGCAUUUAGAAGUACAUAGAGUAGCAGACGACGAAGCCAUAAAAUACUUCCUCCUUGAAUUUGUUUUGAUGUAAAAAAGCUGACGAAUGUUAAGGAUAAUCGCUUUUUACGUAAAAGGAACACUUUUUUACUAAUGCUGAUUACUAUAUUGUUUUGCUCUGCAGAAGAUGAUCAACAUGGCAAUGUACGACAAGCAGUUGUAUGCAAACGUCGAGGAUUUAACAGUGUAG